AUGUCGAGCUUAUUCAACGAUGAUCUCUUAAAACCGCAUAUUCCGCGUCAAGGCCUUCCACAAGGCUUCAAAGUGCGCCCACUCAAUUCCAACGAUUUUUCAAACGGCUACUUGGAGUUGCUCAGUCAGCUAACAACCGUCGGCGAUGUUUCGAGGGAAAAAUUCAUGGAACGCUUCGAAUCCAUGAUGAACACAAACCCAAAAUCCUACUACAUCACCGUAAUUGAGGAUGAAGCUUCCGGCAAAGUCGUCGCGUCGGCGUCGCUGGUUCUCGAGUGGAAAUUCAUUCACGAGGCCGGCAGCCGUGGGCGAAUCGAAGACGUCGUGACGAGCAAAGACUACCGCGGUCGAAAUUUCUCGUCAUUCCUCAACGCGCUUCUCGUCUCGUUGGCCAAAUCGCUAGGUGUUUAUAAGAUGUCGCUUGAAUGUGUUGAAAGCCUUAUGGAAACAUCUUUUGGGUUGACCGAAUAUGUGAGCGCGGAGAAGAUCACCGAGAUCCCAUGCUUGCUCAAAGAGCUCUACACUGAUUUCAUCGUUCAGGAGAUUCUUGCUGACAAGACAGUUCUUGAGGUUCCAACAGCUGAGGAUGUUCUCGCACUCGCGACUAACGAGGAGAAGAUCACGAUAAACGAGAACGUCGAGAUUCCAACAUUCCUCACCGACGACCACAUCAAGGCAUUCGAUGAGCGAUUCAAUCAGAAAGGCAAUCUGGUCAUCGUUCCGGUUGAGGGAAUGGAUAAAGACAGACGCAAGGCGGUCCAUCAAUUCAUCAGAGAACGAUAUUCGGGAAAAUUGAUAAGCGAAUUGAAGCCGGAAGGGAUUUGUGUGUCGCAUGGCCACACAAACUCCAGCAGAAAACGGAAAAUUUGGGACGAAAAAACGCCGAAAGAGUGUCAUUUCACGAUGGCCAAGGAGAACAAAGAUACCGUUUACUCGCUGGGUGUGAUCGCCAAAUUUUUGAACGUCGACCGAAAAUUGGUGAAGAUGUGCGGAAUAAAGGAUAAGCGCGCUGUCACAGUUCAGCGGGUCUCGUGUCGACAAGUUGAAGAGAAGAAAAUCCUCUCGCUGAAUUCGAGACUCCGCAAUAUUCUUGUGUACGAUUGCAAGUAUUUCGACAAUCCACUACAGAUGGGCGGACAUUGGGGAAAUCGAUUCAGCAUUAUUUUGAGAAAUAUCAACGAGAACGACGUCGGGGUUCUUGAGAGCCGAUUGACGGUGUUCGAGACGCUCGGAUUCGUCAACUAUUUCGGAACGCAGCGAUUCGGCUCGCGAGACGCCAACACCGCGCGCGUCGGACUCGACAUUGUGAAGCGCGAUUGGGAGGCGGCGGUGAAGGCGAUUCUCAAAAAUACGCUAUCACCGAUGAACCAAAGCGGGACACUUGGCGAGGCGAUUCGGCACUUUUGCGAGACUGGCGAUGCUCGUGCGGCCUACAAGAAGCUUCGAGGCGCUCAGACGUUUGCAACCAUCGAGGGAACGGUGCUCAAGCAUUUGGGACAGGGCGGAACGUGGCAAACCGCGAUCACCGAAGCGAUUCCGAUUCAGACGCGCAGUUUGUAUGUCCACGCGUAUCAGAGCCUUAUUUGGAAUAAGGUGGCGUCGCGUCGUGUUCGUGAAGCUUACACGCAGGUGACGGACACCGACGUCGGCUUUGAUGGUCAACCGUUGCCGGCGGAUUCGUCGCACUUCGACAUUCACAUUCCGCUUCCGGGCAUCAAUGAGAAAUUCAAAGACACACAAGCGUAUAAAUGGACUAGCGAAUGUUUGGCCGAGGAUGGUGUGACGCACGAGAGCUUCGCGCCGCUCAGAGAUCGAUUUGCGAUUGGCGAGUCCUCGCGACCCUUAUUUGGAAGGGUCGAAGAUGUGAGCUGGCAGUUCAUCAAGCAUCCGGAGCCGCGCUCGUUUCUGCAAGACGGCCUCUACACUCGCGCGAUUCCCGACGAUCAACGCAAUGGUCCGUUCACGGCACUUCAGAUCAAAUUCAAUUUGGCGUCGGGAUGCUAUGCGACGACGGCGUUGCGCCAAAUCACUGGCGUCGAUAUGGGAAAGACGGCGAUGAAGGCGAACUCUGAGGAAUUGCGCGGAGCAGCGGCGCAGAAAGAAGAAAAUUGCGUGGAGCCCGACGAGAUAUUGGGACCCGUUUGA